UUCGUGUACACUCCUGUGGCAUGUUUAUGGAUGCCCCUGUGAUUUUCUUCGAUAAAACCUUAUUUGUUCUUGUACAGUAUAUGGCCUACAUAUAGGCUACAUACAUUUCUGCUCUGUUUGGUUGUCAAUGCUACAGUGGUCAGACAACACGUGGUGCGAGCAGUUCAACAAUGGACUGUUUUGAUUGGCUAGCACAGGCAGGGUGGCCAAUCGCGUGGUGGGCACAGACGUGACAUCCGCGUGCAUACAGAUUUACCUGAGCAGUUGGAGUGGUAAUUUACGGAGGGUGAGGACAAUCAUUUCAACAUACCUACACGGUGGGCUGCAAGAUGCACGGGGAGCCGAAACAUAGCCUGGCUCCGGCUUCACAUACCUCCAGCGGACAUGUCAAAGCGGAGAAUGUUUAUAGCAAAGAACAUCAGAAAUCAUUUCCAAGAUUUUACGAGUCGUUUGAAGAGACACCUCUCCUGAUAGCCAUCCUGACUUACAUGAGCUAUGCCUUCCUAGUUGUUGUGGGCUCAAUUCGAGAUCUUCUACAGUAUUAUGGACUCGACAAAAAGAUCGCUUAUCAAGAGCCCAAACUUGAGGGUUUUGUCCCCUUGCUACAUAGUUGGGAGAGUUUCUAUACAAGGUAUGCCUACAGAAGAGUGAGGGACUGUUUUAACAGACCUUUGGCCAGUGGGGCAGGGUCAGUUUUCAAGGUCAAAGAGAGGGUGUCGCCAGAUUAUGGCUGGAGCUUCAAUUUUUCAGGCCGCGAUAUUGAGGCUUUGAACUUUGGGUCGUACAACUACCUUGGGUUUGCUGACGAAUAUCCACCCUGCAUGAACAAGGUGGAGCAGGUGACCAGAGAACUGGGGGUCGGGGUGGGUGGCAGCAAACAGGAGCUGGGCUAUUUAGCCAUCCAUGAAGAGUUGGACUGCCUGAUGGCCCGGUACUUGGGUACUGAAGCAGCCAUGACAUACCCCAUGGGGUUUGCUACAAACUCGAUGAACAUUCCUUGUCUUGUCCAAAAGGGUUGUUUAAUCAUCAGUGAUGAAUUAAACCAUGCUUCUUUGGUGUUAGGAGCCAGAUUGUCUGGGGCAAAUAUCAAAGUAUUUAAACAUAAUGAUAUGAAAGAUCUGGAAUCCAUUCUAAAAGAAGCAAUUGUUAAAGGACAUCCAAAAACCAAACGACCUUGGAAAAAAAUCUUGAUAGUAGUGGAAGGUGUUUACAGCAUGGAAGGUUCUAUAGUACGUCUACCAGAGGUGAUAGAUCUGAAAAAGAAGUACAAUGCCUACCUAUACCUGGACGAAGCCCACAGUAUUGGAGCUCUAGGGCCACAUGGCAGGGGUGUGGUCGACUACUUUGGGGUAAACCCAAGAGAUGUGGACAUUCUUAUGGGUACCUACACGAAAAGCUUUGGAGCAGCUGGGGGAUAUAUAGGGGGGUCAAAGAGGAUCAUAAAUUACCUGCGUGCAUACUCGCAUAGCUCUAUCUAUGCGGCAACGAUGCCCGCUCCGGUGGCUCAGCAAAUCAUCUGCGUCCUUAAAAUCAUCAUGGGCGAGGAUGGAACCACGGAAGGUGAGAAGAGGAUAGCCCAGCUCAAAUGGAACAGUCGUUACUUCAGAAGGAAGCUGAAGGAGAUGGGACUGAUCAUAUAUGGUAACAGGGAUUCCCCUGUUGUUCCCAUGCUAGUCUAUUUACCUUCUAAAGUCACGGGAUUUAGCAGGCAUGUACUUGAGCGUGGCCUUGGUGUUGUUGUUGUUGGCUUUCCUGCAACUCCCAUCACACAGUCCAGAGUUCGGUUUUGCCUAUCAGCUGCCCACAACAAGGAAUCACUGGACAAGGCCCUUCAAAUUAUAAAUGAAACAGCGGAUUACUUUAGAAUAAAGUAUUCAUCCCAAAAACCAGAAGAUUAUGCAGAAGAAUUUAUUGAUGAUUGAAUACUAUUUGGAAGUCAAGCCAGAUGAUCUCAUCGAAGAACAAAUAUUCUGCUAUUAGACUGUAAGACCGUCCAUCUUGUUGGGGAGUGCACUUACUGUCAUCAGUAGGGUCAUUUGACUGGGGAUUGUUGUGCAGAUUGUCAUUACAACCUCAGCCAUCUUGUACCCUGUGUAUUGUGAGGUUAGCUUUGGUAGCAUAUCAGAGUCUUGCUGAGUUUACAUAUUCGUUGUGUUUGUAUGCCUGGAUUUAAGUUUUUUUCUUUUUCUAUCAAAAGUUCCUCUCUGUGAUACUGUACUCAGACCAAAUCAUUGUGAGCGUUAGGUGCUUUAGGAAGCUUUGAUGACCAGUGUAUACCAGUACAUGCACAGUCCCUUUGUGGGUCAACAUACCCACAAAUACUAAUUACUCUGGAUUUUGAUUUAUGUUACAUAUGAUUUAGCUUUUGCGAAAAAAGGCUGUGACAAAGGCCCCAUAUUUAGUACAAAAAUUGUGAAAUUCUGUACUUGACCUGAGCAUUUUGCUUGUAAGUUUGUACUUAAUUUUCUGUAAGCCAUGAUGUUAAAAUGUGAACAUGUAAAGAGAGUCAUGUGAAAUUAAACUUCAACAAAAAUUGCAGUAGUAAGCGUUGCAAAUGUGUUUGAAAUUUGGUUUGAUAAUGUAGUUCUUUAAGGAAAUAACCUUGACCUAUUUUCAAUUUUUGACCUAUUAGUGGUUUGUCUACAUACUAUUUUCAGAGAAUAGUAUCCCAGAUAAAAUACAUGUGAAACAGAGAAAUCAUUAUCUCAGUAAUAUGUUUCAUUUUCUCCAGGAAUGUAUAUACAUGUCUUUUGCCAACUACUGCCUGCCACUUGUAAGGUUUUGCAUUGGUGUACAUGUAUGUAGCAAAAGCUCACCAAAUCUGACUGCUGGUAACCAUGAUCAACAGAUUGCAGCAUUAACUUUAUUAUGGCCAUGUAAUAAAAUCAAAAAUGACUUUUGUCACAAUGGAUGUAACUGGAAAUUUCUUCCCAGCUUUAGUUGUUUUGUUAUGUUAGUGUAUUCUAUUUUUUUUUUAAGUAAACCAUGUGUGUAUAUUGAUAUCUAGGUAUGAGGAAGACAGAAAAUAACUACAUCUAUCAAAAUGUCAUGAAGCAUAAUUGAAAGACAUAUUUUUCUUUGACUAUUUUGUAAUUGUCUUGCAAUGAAAAUUCUUCAUAAUAUUUGAUGAGUGUUAAUAAUGCAGGCUUUGUUUAUACAGACCAUGGUCACUUCAGCAAAGGCACCUCGGAUAACUUGGUGUCCAGCUUUUUCCUUGAAGUAGAUAUGUCUAGCAAUAUUAAUCUGUUUUUUCAUUGUAAUUAUUAACUUUUCUUGAUAUUCACUUCCACAUCAGCACAUAUUUUAGGAAUUUGUCAUCCAAUAGAACAUCAUGUGUAAGGGGCAUGUGUUUCCCAGCAAUGGUUGUUUUGUCGCUAGAGGAUAUUUUAAAUGUCUGACUUUGGGUUAGUAUGUCAGGUUAUAAUUUUCAGACAUUUAUUGGAGUAAGACCAUAUUUGUUGUGUUACAGUGUUCCACACCGAUUUAAUACUUUUGGCCAAACGACACUGAAUUUUCCCAGUGUUAUAAGUUUGUUUUCUUUUUGUUGAUCUAUCUGUAUCAACUGCGAAGUGUAUGUGCACAGUGUAGUUCUAUGCAUAUGUUCACUUCAGAAAGUUUAG